GCCACGAUGGGAACUCCUCUCUGAAUAUCUUUUUGUAAAACUUUUUAGGUAGGAUCUCAAGCAUCUGGAAUAGUGCCACGUACCUAGUAAGUACUCAUUAAAUAUUUGUGCUGUAAUUAAUUAAUGGCAAGGAUAUUAACCCUCUAUCAAAUUUGAUUCAAAUGGGGUUAAGCCUUAAGAAAAUAAAUUGCCUCUAUACGUGUAUGGAGAUAAUGCUAUAUUGGUUCUUAGUCUUUAUAAUCUAAUUUUUUCCCAUUCUUUUCUUUCCCCACAGUUCAUCCAUGAGCUCAGAUUUCCCACAUUACAACUUCAGGAUGCCUAAUAUUGGAUUCCAGAAUCUACCACUCAACAUAUAUAUUGUGGUUUUUGGCACUGCUAUAUUUGUCUUCAUCCUUAGUUUACUCUUCUGUUGCUACUUGAUUAGGCUAAGACAUCAAGCACACAAAGAAUUUUAUGCCUACAAACAGGUUAUAUUAAAAGAGAAAGUAAAAGAACUGAAUUUACAUGAGCUCUGUGCAGUGUGUCUAGAAGACUUCAAGCCUCGAGAUGAGUUGGGGAUAUGUCCAUGUAAGCAUGCCUUCCACAGAAAGUGCCUUAUUAAGUGGCUGGAGGUUCGCAAAGUAUGUCCACUGUGCAACAUGCCAGUACUUCAGCUGGCCCAGUUGCACAGUAAGGAGGACCGUGGACCCCCACAGGGGCCCCUCCCUGGGGCAGAGAACAUUGUAUAGCUCACCACAAGAAUCAAACUGUUGCAGGAUCCAACAUCUGCAUGGAGCCAGGAGGAACACAAGCGGUCUCUGUGUUGGCUGCUCUGCCUGGGGCAUCAGCUGCCACUUCCUUUUUCUCAUAAAGAACUCUUGGGCUAGCUAAUCUGGGGACCCAGACUUGUGGGUCUGGGACAACCAAAGUACUCUGACGCUACCCCAUGCCAAGAGAAGAGGAGUGGAUGAGCCUGCUGGUUUGGUUCUAGAAACUUCAUGAGGGUCUCUUGCUAACUCCAUACACUCUGUCUCCCAGACAUUGAUCUCCAUGUCAAGGUGAAUCUUUAUCAACCAGAAGGGAAGAUAAUCACAAGUGUUAGAGAAGGAAACUGAGGGAAAGUCUUUAAAGCCACCCCCACCCUGGGACAGAUGAGCUUCUAUGCAGACCGUGCAUGCCUUUGCAGCAGCAGACUCUCCCGGCAGCCCCUGAGCCAAGGGAAAACAGCGGUUACCUCAGCCCAAGAACAACUGGGUGCAGUGCCGGAGGCAGUGCCAACAAGGCUUUUCACGUUAUGUUCCUUUGAUAAGGCCAUCUUGGAACCCAAGGGCUUUGGUUACAACAGAACAGCAGUACCCCUCGCCGCCAGUUCUCCCUCGAGGUCACAACACUUGCUUAUCAGAUCAUCUAAGCUAAAAACAUUAGAUGUGCUUGGAAAGGUCUGGUCAGAAGCCAUUUCCUCUUAUUCCCCCUCCUACUCACCAAUGAGGCACAGCCAAGUGCCAUUAAGAGCCCCAGCAGGGGGUGGUUCUCUGAGUCCCUGCUGUCCCCGUGUGACCCAAACGCCUCGGGGUGCUGCCCACAUCCCCACACAUGCAGUAUGGCUCCAGCGUAGCUGCUGGUCUUGGCCCACUGCCUCUGUGGGGAGCUGCUCUGAGCCCCUCACAUGGCUCCAAAGAGGAGCAUCUUUCUGACAAUGACCAGUCCUCCAGGUCCUGCCAGGCUGAGGGGAGGAUGCGGCCCCCCUUGCCUCUCCCCAUCCUUCCCUCUUCUCCUCCCUCUCUAGUCCUGUCUCUAUUUCUACUCAGCAAAAUGCCUGUGGUUGACUUUUUAACAGUUUAAAGUAUCCCAAAUAAGAUCCCUAUGUCAUUCUGAAGCCAGGGAUCCACUUGAAAUUGUAAAUCUUUUCAGGAAGCUCCUGCAGGGCUAUUCGCCAUCAGUGCGUGCCUCAGUGUUCAGACUUGUGAUAAUUGAAAGUGUCUUUAUAGGAGAAAAAUGCAUGCUGCUCUUUGGCUCUUUCUGUCCAGUUUUCCUAGAAUUGACUCAAGAGUCCAGUAGGAUUUGUGACUGUUGUAUAAGUUAGCUCUGUGAAGCAGCUUUGGGUCAGAUAUAAAGUUCUUUUCCACAGCCCUGCUCACCACCUCCUUCCAUCAUAGGGAUGGAAUCCUCAUCGCCAGCUCUGCCUCUGCUCCAAACGCAGGUGUGAGUAGGGGAGUUUCACACUGGAAAUAGAGCCUGCAUGAUAUGGAGAGAGGGUGGAGGAGGCUUUGCUACUCUGUUCAUGGCAUGUCUCCAGAAAUUUUUUUGGAAUCCAGCCUCUACCGUCUUAGAAUGGGAGAGGGAACCUGUCCUUGGCUCAGGUGGCUGGGCUCAGUUGAGGAGGAAAAUUCCCAUUAGCCUAGAAAAUUGCUGGUCAGAAUCCAGUUUGGAAAAUUACAAAUCCAGUUGGUCAGAAUUGGCUGUACCCUUAUGUGUAACCUAUUCGUGGUAUGCCAACUGGACUGCUUCUUUAAACAGGGCAAGAGAAGUGUGGAAUAUUUUUAUAUGAAAGCCUUAGCCUGUUUGGCACCCAUGAAAAGAACUAUUUGUACACUCCUACUUUCACCCUCUGUUUCUGCAUUCUCUGUUUGUAGCACAAUAGAGUUGAAUGCUGCAAAGCACCCAGUUUACAGUGAAAUGUUUUCGGUGACCGGUGUCAGAAGUAGGCUUGUUUCUGGACUAACCUCAUUAAUAGCCAACACUCACCAUUUUCACCUCAUGGCUCUGGGACAAAUGUCACCUCUUUGCUAUGGGGUUCCAAUAAGAAAAAGAUCUUUUUCCUUCAAAAGAGGAAUUGUUGUGUUCUAUACUGCAGAUUAUUUCAUCUCACAGCUUUUGGAGGGUUAUAGCCUUUUGGUUACAGCCUUUUUCCAUCCCUGUGUGUCAGUGCCAAGGAGACAGCCUCAUAAAGUCCUGUAUUUGUAGGGAGACAAAUUAGUUCAUCUCACCAUGUCACAGCUCAAGCCACGUUGAGGUGGUUGGUGCAUUGCACUGGACCAAAGGCACAAAGCCCAGCCUUUAGAAUGCUGUGUGUUCUCCAUGAGGCGCCAUCACGGGUCUACUUUACCGUAUGACCUCAACACUUGUGAACAUGGAGGGCUUUUUAAAACAUAGUUCUUCCACUAAGGUGGGGUUGGAUGCUGGAGUGCUGAAGAGUGAGCGCUCUGCUUGUAGUCAUUUUCCCUUCAUGGCUUGGUGUCCUUCUACUGCAGCAUGACCACUGUCACUUGAAGUAGUUCUUGACUCUUAGUGGCACAACGUGAAUGCACUUGCUCCACACAUCCAGACUCUCCUCCAAGACUUCCCUGUGCCGCUCUGAUGUAACUGGAAAUAGCCAGGGCUUAAUUUACGUCUUCCUUUAAUUCUAAUUAAAAUCACAGCUUUUUGUGAAGGGCAAGGUUAAAUCUCCUAUCUGAAUUUUUAUUUAGAGAAUGAGUUAAGGAUCCCUUACUAACUCUUUGAUCAGGCUCACACCUCACCGUUAAACCAGUGAGGCUGCCCUGUCCAAAUCUAUCUCCAUGAGUUGCUGACCUUUUUUAAUCUGUAGACAUGUGAGUACUCCGGGCUACUGGUUGGUAACGUGAUUUUUUUUUUUUUUUAACUUGGUCUUGAUGUAUCUUAAACGGCUCAGAGAUUGGGUGUUGUUUGUGUGCUUCGGGUUAGUGGAACAGAACUCAGCCCUAACUGGACUCCAUAGGUGGCUAAGUCAUUAUCUAGUUGUUACUAGGGAUACAGCUGAAUUCAGGUGGCUUUAGGAACAGGGAGCAAUACCAGCCUGAUUUGUUCCUAGUUGAGUAGUAUAAGACACUAGUUAUCUGCUGCUGUCCUUUGUCACAGUGAUUUGGUUAGGCCUAUCCCUAGUAGCUAAGGCCCCAGGCAAGGAAUAGGACAAAACAGUAAUAGCCAGAUGGGAGCAGGUGGCCCAUGGGGAGGUCCAGGCUGAAGGUACAGGGGAUCUCAUACCAUGGCCAAACACCCUGUUCUUGACAGAGGUCCCUUCACCAGUGCAUAGCCCCUCAGAUCCAUCACAGGAAUGACCUCGGGCCCUGUUCCCCUCCACAGCCCCAUUCCAAAGUCUGUUCAUCUUCAUGGCCUGAUCCUACUCUGCUAAGCUACUCUGAAUGACUGCAGUAAUUUUUUUCUGAGAGGCUUUCUGGGAAUUAUGAAAUGUACACAGGGAGGCACCCCCAGAGCUCUGGGCAGAAAAGGCGUUCAGAUUGAUGUGAAUCACUCACUGCCUUGCCACUCACUAGCCAUGUGCCUUCCCACAAGUUAGCCUCUCAAAGCCUGUUUACUUACCUGCCACCCAGGGACUCUAGAAGGGCAUCCCUACUGGCGCUUAUGGGGAUUGGCUACCAUGUCCAGAGCCUGGCAGACAGCAGGCCUGGGUCAUGGGUGCUGGUGCUACAAGGUGACAUCAUCACAGUGGCCACAUGGGGCUCCUCUGUUGUCCUGGCAAAACAGCCUCAAGAGAACCUCCUGAGAUGUAUGUGCCCUCCCCAGAGUCCCAGUUCACCUGGUUCCCUUCCCUUUCCCCUCUUGAUCUUACUUAGUCACUUCCAUGUACCUGUGCCCAUGGUGCUCCCUGACUUGGUUGCUCAGGGCUGAAUACUCCUUAAUUUUUUUUUUUUUUUUUUUUUUUUUUUUUUUGUCUUUUUGCCAUUUCUAGGGCUGCUCCUGCAGCAUAUGGAAGUUCCCAGGCUAGGGAUCUAAUCGGAGCUGUAGCCACCGGCCCACACCACAGCCACAGCAACGUGGGAUCCAAGCCGCGUCUGCCACCUACACCAUAGCUCAUGGCAACGCUGGAUCCUCAACCCACUGGGCAAGGCCAGGGAUCAAACCUGCAACCUCAUGGUUCCUAGUCGGAUUCGUUAACCACUGAGCCACGACGGGAACUCCGCUCCUUAAUUUUUUAAAUAGGUAAUCCCUUCAUGGGGUUCACAAAUCGUAAACAAUUAAGUCUUCCUUGCAUCCCUGAUCUCCAGCAAGCCAAGCUUCUCACCUCUUGAGCACCCACUAUUAGUUGCUACUUGUGGAGCCUUCCAGAGACCCUUUAUGCAUAUACAAGCAGAUGCGUGUGUGUGUGUGUGUGUGUGUGUGUGUGUGUGUGUAGGUAGGUAUGUAUGUGUAUGUAUACAGCUGACCCUUGAAUAACACCCCCUGUACAGCCUACACAUAACUCUACAGUCAGCUCUCUGUACUGAUGGUUCUGAUUCUAUGGGUUCAGCCAACUUCAGAUCGUAUGGAAAGUAUUUAUUGAAAAAAAUCCACAUGUAAGUGGACCUGCUCAGUUCAAACCCAUGUUGUUCAAGAAUCAACUUAUAUGUGUGUGUAUAAUUUUUUUUUUCUACUUAUAUGAUACCGGACAAGUAUAUUCAAGGAGCAGUUCUGUUCUUGUGGGAAGGACCAUCCCAGAAGUCAGAAUGUCUGUAAAAGGUGAGCCCAGUAUUAGGGGAAUUUUUUUAAUCACACCCAUUCUGCCUAAGGCCUAUUUUCCACUAACUGAAGCAUGCUGAAAUUCUAGUUUUCUAUACAGAUACAGACCCUCCCUGACACCCUAACCAUAGUUGCCCAAAUAAUGAGCACAACCAGUUUCCAGCCUGAGUCUGUGACAGCACACUCAAGAGCAGGCUCCCCAGCCAAAAGUGACAGCACAGUCCAGCAGCUCCUGCAGGGGACUGGACAGGCUGCAGCUCCACCCCAACCCUCCAGUCUUGGCCACUUCGAAGGAGGACCAAGAGGCCAGCAGGACACCUGGCUACAGCUGUCACCAUUUCCUAGGCAGGCUCCCGUGUUUUUAAGAUAGGGGUUUGAGAAGUAGCAGUAACUGAAGGCCAAGGCAUCCUGUGUCUUGUGGGGUAGAUGUCUCAGACAUUGCUAAGUAAAUAGGUGGUCAGCUGCCUCAGAAUUUACAGCAGAUGUGCCUAAAUGUCCAUGUUCACAUUCAUGAACCUCCCUUUCUCUCGCUACUCUUAUGCACAAACUAAAUAGAAAAUGUUCCCAUAGAAUUUUCUCCUUGCCCAACAUUUUUUCCUUUCAACAGAAAUUAUCCCACCAAUAGUUUCUUUCCGGGGGGGGGGGGGGGGAUUCACUUUUGCCCCUGCAGGAGAUCAAAGUUAAAAGUGCUUCCUCCAGGCAGCCCUUGGGAGGAGGGGCCACAUCUGUGCCUCUCAGUCCCCACCCAUCUCCCUGCUGUAAUGCCAGAGUAGAAGCCCAGGGCCUCCCUGGAUCAGAAGUUUAACUUUGGGGCCCCUGACCUGAAACUUGAAAAGGAAUUGUUUGUGAAAUUCCACCCUUCUGUCAUUGGAUGAACCUUAAGAGACUUUAAUAUUAGCAUUCAGGAAUCUGAGUAAAGGAGAUGAAUGUGUCUAAAUUCUGGUGAAGUCUGCAGCUGAUAACUGGAAAAUGCUGGGUUAUACUCCUUUAGUAGAUAAAAUUAACAAAGGUUUCACUCCAGUGUGCCAUGGAAUGUGCUUCCAUUUGAUUGGGACUACAAGGAAAAUAGAAAAGCUUGUUCAGUGUAUCUUUUAUUGUUCCAGUACAGCUUCAGAAUGUGAAUGGUUCCAAGAUGCUGAGUUUUAUUCCACUUUUAGACCAAGCAUGACCACACCUGGCUUACCAAUCCAGUACUCACGUCUGUGGCUACAGUGUCAGGGACUCCCUGCUCCAGGGACAUGUUCCUAGAAUGCGGGCCCCAUCAGAGUCAAGGGACUUGUCUAUACUUCGAUGAAGCCCCUCUCAGCUCCCUGGGCCAGUACGAGCCUCAGGACAGGUGCACGAGGUCCCUGAAUCCCCCCCUUUCCUCCCAGGCCCUGUUAGAGCAGGAGGCAGGUGGGGCCAGUAUUAGGAAGUCCUUCCUGAUAACAGUUCAGUCUUCCAAGAAUGUUUCUGAACUGUCAUCUCUGGUCUCUUGACAGAUCAUUGCCAGAAAGAGGGGAUAUGAGUCUUGUAGUUUAAGCCCAUUGGGGUUUAUUCACUAGAUAUAAUAACUCCCUCAAAAAAAGGUUUAUGAAAUGCUGAGGCUCAGGUUUCAUAGACAUGUUUGUACACUAGGAGUUCUGCAGCAGAAUAUUUUUAAACAUUCGCAAUUUUUUUUGUAAGCUAUAUUUUUGUAUAUUUAAUUGCUAUUUUAAAAUUUUAAUGCAUUUUGCUAAUUACUCUUGUUUAAAAUAUAAAACGUGCAUGUAAUUGACUUAAAUGUAAAUAAAAAGAUUUUGAAAAUAC